GCCAAAGUUGAGAGAAGACUAUGAAGUUGGCAUUAAGCACAUAUCGCGCAUGCGCAAUGUUCGCAUACUCCCUAGCUCUAAAUAAGAGUUAAAAGAGAAGCGAGAUGACAGACACACCUCCUAGUGAUGGCCCUACUCCAGGGGCAGAUUUUGAUAUGAUGUCAGCACUUGAUUGGAAGGAUGGCAUUGCUACUCUGCCAGGCAGUGACAUCAGGUUUCGCAUGACUGAGUUUGGGACUCUGGAGAUUGUGACUGAGACAGAGAAUAAAGAGCAAGAAGAGGAGGCGAACCAAUCAGUGACCACAUCCACCAGUCAAGCCCCGUCAGAUGCACAAAAGUCACGCACACCAUCGCAGUCAGAACGCCAGGGACACUCUGAUGUUGCUGCCCAUGAGGAGGACCCCAGCUCUGAUCAGGGGAGCUGCCGGUCGUGUGGUGUGACUGGAGCUCUUGACACCUUCCUGCAGGGCAAGUUCUGUAGUGCUGCUUGUGUGCAGCCCACCAGUGGCAGGUCCACUCCAGGGGAGGUGUGUGAGAUCCUUGGGAAGAGAGUGAGGAGAAAAAGAAAAAUGUUCAUGGAAUCAGAUGAUGAAGAGGAUGACAACCAAGAGGAGGAAGAGGAGAAGCUGAAGGCCUGUAAGGGCAGAAGAGCAGCAAAACUGGCCAGAUUGGUAACGGCAGCCCCUGCAAAGAAGCGGCCAUGGAGCUGGCAGGCCUACCUAGAGGAGGAGAGGGCUAUAGCUGCCCCACUCAAGCUUUUCAAGGAGCAACAGUCAUUCCCUCAGAGCAGGAACAGUUUUAAAGUGGGCAUGAAGCUGGAGGGACUAGACCCCGUGCACCCUUCACUUUUCUGUGUGCUGACUGUCGCUGAGGUGCAGGGCUACAGGAUACGGCUACAUUUUGAUGGCUAUCCAGAGUGCUAUGACUUCUGGGUAAACGCUGACUCUUGGGACGUGAAGCCUCCAGGCUGGUGUGAGAAAUCUGGCUUGAAACUGUUGCUUCCAAAAGGCUGCAGAGAUGGGGAAUUUAACUGGAGCACAUAUGUUAAGAAUUGCAGAGGUCAACUGGCUCCAAAACACCUGUUCAAGAGUCUUAAUACGUCAGUAACACCCUCGGGAUUCCGUACGGGAAUGAAGCUGGAGGCAGUGGACAGGAAGAACCCCACACUCAUAUGUGUGGCAACUAUCACUGCUGUCGUCGACAACCGUCUCCUCAUUCACUUUGACAACUGGGAAGACACUUAUGAUUACUGGUGUGAUGCCAGUAGUCCAUAUAUCCAUCCUGUUGGGUAUUGUGAGGAUACAGAGUUGACUCUUACCACACCUGCAGAAUAUAAGCAUCCACGUUCCUUCUCGUGGGAGCGAUACCUGGAGGAGACGGGAACACAAGCAGCCCCUGCAAGAGCCUUUAAACAGAGGCCACCCCACGGCUUCCAGGCAGGCAUGAAGUUAGAAGCUGUGGACCGCAGAAACUCCAUGCUCAUCCGCGUAGCCACCAUCUCUGUCACUGAGGAGCACCGGGUUAAGGUACACUUUGAUGCUUGGGGUGAUGAGUUUGACUACUGGGUGGAUGCAGACAGUCCUGAACUGCACCCAGUAGGUUGGUGCCAGAAGACGGGACAUCCUCUGCAACAUGCCCACAGCGGGUCGGAAUCUCCAAUCCUCCCAGGCCAGGGGUGUCCCACUAUGGGGUGCAACGGCGUCGGACACAUCCGCGGCCCUCGUUAUGGCACACACUACACGGCGGUGAGUUGUCCGUAUUCCGAUGUGAACAUGAACAGAGACGCCCUGCUGCCAGACCGGUUGAGUGGGGAGCGACCGGUCGCCAUCUCCGGCCCUCAGAAGCUGCGCCGUGCAGACACACUCCCCCCCACACAGGCCCUCACACCCACGCAGCCACUUGCUCCCGUGGUCCCAACCAGCACUCCUGAGGCCACCAACAGCAACGACAAUCAUUCCUCCCCAUCCAGGUCUUUGACUGUCAUGAAGUGUGCAAAACUCCAGGUGGUGAAACAGGAAGGAGAUAGCAGAGAAUCUCUGCAGCAGUUCCUGCACGACUCUGUGUUUUGUAGUUGGGAGCCUCCGCGGCUACACCUGAGUUGGGAGAAACACGGCAAACUGCUACCUGAAGUCCUGGGGCUCACUGCUAAGCGUGUAUCCUCAUGGAGUACUGAGGAGGUGGCUGGUUUUGUCAGAGGAUUGCCGGGGUGUCGGGAGCAUGCUGCUACUUUCAGGAAUGAGCAAAUUGAUGGAGAGGCCUUUCUGCUUCUCACGCAAUCGGACAUUGUUAAGAUUCUGAGCAUCAAGCUUGGUCCCGCGCUCAAGAUCUACAACGCCAUUCUGAUGCUGAAGAGUGCUGAUGAGGAAUAGCCCCGCCCCCAAACACCAACCUCUCCCCCAGUCCCUUAUCUGUCAUGCACCCAGCACACCAGAACCGGCUUGCACCAAUCAGAGAGCAGGAGUUAAACACAAAGGUCUUCCUGUAAAGAAUGAAUUAAUGUUUCUGAGUCAAAAAAAAAACAAUUCAGUCCAAAUUUUAUUAUUCUUUAAUUUAAUUAUGUUGUCAGAUGUUUUAAUUAGUGUAUGAGGCCAGAACAAACAGCACAGAGCUUUUACUUGAAAUGUAAUGU